AUGGCCAGAAGAGUGUCUUUGAUACGAAGCCAAUUAGAGGAAUUACCUGUGAACCCGAAAUGUGAGGGCAUAUCAACACUAUUUCUGCAACUUAACCCAAACUUGAGAAUCAUUGAGGAACUGUUCUUCAGAAGGAUGAAGAACCUUCGAGUUUUGGACCUGCACAGCACAGGAAUAAAAUUGUUGCCACCUUCUAUCUCCAACUUGACAUCACUCCGGGGUUUAUACCUCAACAAUUGCUGUGACUUAACCGUGCUCCCACCUGAAAUAGUGAAACUCAAGAAGCUUGAAGUUCUUGAUAUUCGAGGCACCUCAACGGCUCAACCCAUUGUUUGCCCGAAGAGAUCAGCAGUUUGUUUGGCCUUAGCUGACCAGCUAAACAAGCUCGAGGAGUUGACUAUUGUCUUAGUAAAUGGAAGCAAUGACGGCAUUGUUGAUCGAAUAAAAGCAGAGGUGCUUGAAUUUGAGAACAAAAAUAAUCAGUUUAAGUUAAUUCUUCAUAGGCCGUCCCAAUCAGUGGACCAAGGGAAUCUCGUUCAACUAAAGGGACAGGCAGUAUACCUUCCAAAUCCAAGUGUUCCUGCAAGUCAUGUUCAUGAUCCAACAACAGGAAACUGUUUCCGAGAUCAGACAACAAGGAAAAGCUGGCAUAACUCAACACUCCUCCUUGCCACUUUUGCUGCAGAUUUUUAA